CGUCACCACGGUGACUGGGGUGAGAGGUCAGGCGCAUGCGUGGCGCGGGAGGGACGCCCGACGUGAUGGCCAUCCAUCAUGGGGACGGAGAGCGGGGCGGCUAUGCACGAUGCCAGCCUGGACAUCGGCAUCGCAUCUGAGGAGCGACGGCAAAGAAACGUAAUGGAGAUAUUGACGAUGUAAGAAUUAUACAAAAGCAGGAUGGGUCCAGAUGUCCCUCUGCUGAACGACUACAAACAAGAAUUUUUUUGGAAGCGGUUUCCUCAGACUGUUCUUGGAGGACCACGAUUCAAACUUGGAUACUGUGCUCCAACCUACGCCUAUGUUAACCAGAUCAUCUUGUUCUUGAUACCAUGGGUUUUUGGUGGUGUUGGAACUGUUCUCUACCAGUUAAAUACAUUGGAAGAUUACUGGGCAGCAAUCCUUGCUGCAGGUUUGAUGCUACUAGCAGCUUUCAUUAUUCAAGGCUUGAGUCUAUGGGUACGGCGGAAGAGUGUGGCUGUCGAAACAUUCACUUCAGAAAAUACUUUGGCAGAUGAAGAUGAAUUUGAUUUUUCCAGCUGUGCUGGGUCUGAAACAAUAAAAUUCAUCAUACCUGGAAAAAAAUAUUUGAUCAAUACAGUUUUUCAUUCCAUUCUAGCUGGAGCACUCUGUGGCCUUGGAACAUGGUAUUUAUUGCCUAACAGGUUAAUGAUACUAUAUGUCAACACAGGAGCAACUGCUGUGCUUUUUGUUUUUGGUUGGGUGACAGUGUGCAUCGGAGAAUAUUCAUUAAUAAUAAAUACAGCUGUAGAGACUGCUACAUUCCAACCACAAGAUACAUAUGAAGUCAAUGCACUUACGAGACCCCUUUAUAUUUUUGCCUUCAUUGCAGUGGAUCUUACUUACAGGUUUACUGUAAUCCCAGUCCUGCUUCAAACAGCUCAGAUUUUGCACGUUAUUUUUGUGUUUCUGCCUAUUCUUUGGGCAAUUGGCAUUUUACCUCCUGUGGAUGCACUUGUCUUAUGGGUUCUUGAGCAAGUCUUAGAAUUUGUGUUUGGAGGUUCGCCUAUGGCAACCAAUAUAAGGCUGUUCGUCAUGUUUACUGUGUCAGCUGGAGUAGUGAUCGCAACAUUCUUUAUUCCCAGCACUCUUGGUGUAGUUCUCUUCACAACUGGAAUGGGAUUUAUUCUUAGUCUUGAUCUCAGUCAGUUAGAGACUUCAUUCAGAUUCUGCUGCAGCACAGCUGACGGCUCUUUACAAUAUCCCAAAUAUUCUAGUCAUCGAAUUGGAUGGCAGCUUGGCUGGAAAGAGAUCUUGAUUUAUAUUAGUAUUUUUAUACUGAUGCUUACUGAAGCUGGAUUAUUACAUUGGUUUGCAAGAAAUUCAACUACAUCUGGAAUAAGUCCGCAGACCAUAUUAAGCUAUAUAUUAAUAGUGACAUUAGUAGGAUGGAAGAUUUGCCAAGAGAUUCAAGGUGCAUUUAUUUUAUUUGGAUUAUUUCGGAAUCCUUUCUUUCCAAAAGGCAUACGAACUGUUCAAGUCUUUAAGCAGAAACGAACAAUAUUGAUGAGGGUUGCCUUGAUUCAAAGGAUUCUUCUCAAUUACAUCUCUCCAUUUGCCAUGUUAGCCUUUCUUUCAGUGGAUUCUUCACUACAGUAUAUCCAUACAGCAUCCCUUUGUAUUGGAUUUACACGAGCUUUUCGCAUGGUGUGGCAAUAUACCGAGAAUGCACUAUUGGAAGUGGUAGUAAUAGCAAUCGUGCGACUUGCCACAUUGCAAUCAACUUUAGUAUGGUGGAACUCUUUGGGCACAGGAAUUCAACUUUUAAUGGUUGGUAUUAUACGAGAUCGCUUCUUUCAAGCAGUUACCAAGCUCAAGUUUGCUUUGACCGUACUUGUCUCCUCUUGGACAGAGAAGAAACAACGUCGCAAAUCUUCGCGUGCCAUAAUCAUUUUGAAUAUUAUUUUGUUCCCAGUUGUGCUAAUGAUCAUCGCCCUGGCCUCAGCACUGUCAGCCCCUUUACUUCCAUUAUUUACACUACCAGUGUUUUUGGUGGGAUUUCCUCGACCGAAUAAAAGCUGGCCUGGAUCUGUGGGUGAUGCUGCAUGUAUAUGUCCUGAUUCAGUAUAUUAUCAACAUAUGAGGCACAAUCUGGCUGCAGCAUUUUGUACAGCAUUUUCUGCUGGUAGCUUGGGGAAUCCUACACCCGGCUGUCAUUACCUGUGCCGCUUUCAGGAUCGUUUAGUAUGGGUCUUCAUUUUGGAAAGAGGUUUUGGUUACUGCUGCAUUAACAUUAAGGGUUUGGAGCUACAAGAAACUUCGUGCCACACUGCAGAAGCUCGACGAGUGGAUGAAGUGUUUGAAAUGAGCUUUGAGCAAAAUAAUCAAGCUAGAACCUGCUCUUUAAAUCAUCAUUUUAGCAAUAUCUUGACGCCGUCCACUGUACUACCAGUGCUGGUUUACUCUGAUGCACGGAACGUAUUAACCGGAAUCAUUGACUCACUGGAAAACCUAAAACAUCUAAAGGAAGAUUAUGCUAAAGUCUUUAUAUGGGUACUUUUACAGUAUAUAAAAAAUAAAUCAAAAUCUGAACAUGUUCAAGACAAUCAGCCACUACAACAAAAUACAACCUGGUUAGAAGAGAACAUAGUUACAUCAAUGCGAACAGGAUCUUGUAAAAAUUCUUUUAGUAUGAAUUCAGAAAUAUUUCCUGAUUGGUCAGAUGAAGAUAUAUUUGAAUUAGAGUCCAUUGGAAAAAAGACAGGAAUACAUCCAAUUAAAAACACUACAGGUAUACAACAAAUGACAACAAACCCUAUUAUAACAUCCAUUCCUGGGAGUCUGGAAACACAAAGCUUAUCCUCUGAUAUAAAUGAUGAGGAAUUACCAAACAGAACACCCAUGUAUGGACUUCCUGCUACUGAUAAAGGAAAACAUAGAUUAAUGGAAACAAGUACCCAAGAGAUGUUCCCUGCGGUUGUCUUCAGUUCUCCUUACUCUCAUAAGUUAAAAGUGCCGGAGAAUUGGCGAUCAGGGCCUUUCCCUUCUCUACUGCUUCAAGAAUUGUUGAAAUCUUUCCCUGAGGAUUGGUAUUCUUUUGUUCUUAAUCUUUUGGAUAUUUUCCACUCGGAUGAAAAAAAAUCCAUUAUCUUUGAAGUGAUAGGAGACACAACUUUGAAGGAUAUGUAUUCCCAUGUGGUAAUGAGUUGUUCUGGAAUAAUGUUAGGAACUGACUCCAUAAUCCCAAGCCCCAAUCAGGUCUUCAAAGUAUAUUCUGGUGACUUGCCAUGGUCUCUGGGUUUAGAUUGGCUGACUCAAAAACCAGAUCUACUUGCACUUGCACUAAAAGCAUUCAGAUACACAUUCAAGCUGAUGUUCGACAAAGCCUGUCUAGGUCCAGUUGAGAAUUUUGCUGAAUUAGUGAGCUACUUGGAAGAAUAUGAUAAAAACUGGUUCAUUGGAAUGGUGUCAGAGCCCCAGUGGCAGCAGGCUGUGCUACAGGAGAAACCUUAUCUCUUUUCCUUGGGAUAUGACCCCAGUCUGAGCUUGUAUACAGGACGUGUGCUGUCACUUCAGGAAAUGUUAUUGCAUGUUGGACAGUUAAAUGCAGAAGCAAUAAGAGGUCAGUGGGCCAACUUAUCUUGGGAACUACUGUAUGCCACAAAUGAUGAUGAAGAACGAUACAGUAUACAAGCCCAUCCUGUGUUACUAAGAAACUUAACAGUGCAGUCAGCUAAUCCUCCACUCGGCUAUCCUAUCUAUUCAUCUCCAUCUAUCCACGUGUCUUUAUUCUAAAUGUAACAAAGUACUAGUCAAACAGAACUGAGUUAUUACCAAAAUGUUGAACAUAAAAUAUUGCUGCAGAUUUCAGGUGAACUGUUUGAGACCAUAUAUCAACUAUGCAAAAAAAUCUCUUCAUGGCUAGGAUAAAUUGAAAAUUGUUACAUCCAUGUUUUUUAAAUAAUGGAUUUUUGUAUUCUUGGAAAGAUAAGUCGAGGGGAGAGUGCAGGUAAGAAAUCAAACAGGAUUGCAGUCCUGCUACUUCUGGAAAGUACAUGUGAACUGUAAACUUGCGAUCAACUGUAAUCCCUCUGUUCCUAAAGUGUGCCAUAUUUGGGUUAGAAAAAUGAAGAAUAAGAAUUGUGAACAUGUAUUUCAGCAUGUGCCACUGUCUUUGUAAAAUAUACAGUUCAAUGCCUUUUCUACAAAUAUUUUGAUACUAAAUUCAAAAAGUUUAUUUAUGGGGUGCAAAUUAAUUGUUUUAGUCUUAUUCUGAAGACGUUGUUACAUUAUACCAAAUAGCAGAGUUGUAAAAAAAUAUAUUUAUUCGUGCUUUUCUUUCAAAAUGAAGCAAACUUUUUGCCAUAAAUUACAAAUACUGACAUUUUGCUUUUACUCAUUCCAUUUUUGAUGAGAUGCAUCUUACCUGAGUUUUAGUAAUAGUAUUUUAAUGGAAGAUGUCACAAAUUUAACAGACUGGAGAUUUCACUGAGCUUAAAAUCUAAUAAUAUUCUCUGGCACACUGAAAUUGAAACAAAUCAUGUAUGUAUUUAUUUUAUUAAAAACUUAUUUUGAAAAAUAAUGUAAAUUAAGUACUGUUUACUAGUUCCAUAAAUUUAUUUCAAAUCCUGGUUUGAUGUUGGUGUGAUUAAAUUGGCAUUAAAUGUUGGAGCCAAUUACUGAUCGAGUGUCACUGUACCUUAAUUGGUACACGUGACAAUAAAAUACCCUUUCAACCCUUUGAUGUGAGUUGUGCUGUGGUAUUCAUCUAAAAGAGUAAGUUAGAAGAUUCUUGGAUAACUACCACACCACCUGUUACUGUCAUAUGCUAACAGAAAAUAGUGAAUUCAACUUGAAAUAGGAGAGUCAAAGUAAUGCAUGAGCAAGGAAAUAAUAUACCAAAAAAAUGACCUAAAAACUUCAAUUAUAAAGCAGGGUUCGUAGAGUGCCAGAAUAUGUGCAAGACUGCAUACAAACAAUUCAGAAUAUUUUUAGUAGGUUGAACCAGAAGUUCGCAAGAAGUAAUAUUCAUUGUUAUGAACAGUGCUUAUUUUAGUGCUGCACAAUAUGAAUUGUUUAAUAAAUAUUUUAUUUCAGUACCAGUUGAUUCCGAAUUUUAUUGCAAUUUGUUUUUGUUUACGUUCCAAUUUUCAGAAAUGAGCAAUAAAUUUUCAAAAAAAAGGUUAGAAUUACAGAAGAGUAUAUUAAAAUUUAAAUGAAGAUAUGUACAAGUAUUUCUCAACUUUAAUUGUUUGUGGGUUAAGUAUAUACAUUGGGGAAAACCUCUUGUUUCUUGAACCUAAAAUUAAAAUUUUACUUAGUCA